AUGGCGGAGCAGAAGGCCGUUGCCGUCAUAUAUGGGGACUGGGACGAGUCGUACAACGAGCUGCCAAGGUGGGUUUUAGGAGUUCAGCUGACGAUGCCUGGCACUGUAGCCGUCCUCAGGACUUGCCCUGUUCGAGUUGGGGGACAGGUUGACGAGUCUCAGGUUUAUUUUCAUAGGCUGUUCUGGACUUUCCCCCCUUGUAUCCAGGCAUUCCGUCAUUGCAAGCCUCUGGUGAGUAUUGAUGGGACCCAUCUAUAUGGGAAGUAUGGGGGAACACUGCUUGUCGCCAUUGCACAGGACGGAAACUCGAACAUCCUCCCCGUGGCAUUUGCACUAGUCGAGGGUGAGAAUGCUGAGUCAUGGUCUUUCUUUCUUUCCCACCUCCGUGAGCACGUGACACCUCAGCCGGGUCUGUUAGUUAUUUCAGAUAGGCAUAAUGGCAUCAAGGCAGCACUCGAGGCUCCGGAUGGGGGAUGGCUACCCCCAGCUGCGUACCGGGCGUUCUGCAUUCGACACGUUGCAUCGAAUUUUGCAUUGACGUUCAAGGGAAAAGAUGCCCGGAGGCUUCUUGUUAACGCCGCAUAUGCGAAGACUGAAGUGGAGUUCGACUACUGGUUUGACAUUCUGCGCUCUGAGAAUCCGGCAAUGUGUGACUGGGCGAACCGAAUCGAGUAUUCGUUGUGGACACAGUACUGUGAUGAGGGUCGGAGAUUUGGGCACAUGACGACCAAUAUUUCUGAAUGUGUCAACUCAAUCCUGAAGGGGGUAAGAAACCUCCCUGUUUGCUCGCUGGUGAAGGCCACAUACGGAAGGCUAGCUGAGCUAUUUGUCCGUAAGGGAAGGGAGGCUGAGGCUCAGAUGGGUACUGGACAACAAUUCAGUCAAUACCUAGUAAAGUGUAUCGAGGCCAACCUGAAGACAGCCAGGUGCUUCACGGUGAUUGUUUACGACAGGGAUAACUCGGAAUACACCGUUGCUGAGAUGACUCCGACAGGUUCAUUCUCCCUUGGUACGUACAGGGUCUCAUUAGGGUCUAAGACUUGUGAUUGUGGAUACUUCCAAGCACUUCAUUUUCCCUGUCCACACGCACUGGCAUGCUGUGCUUAUUCACGACUUACAUGGCAGCCCUACGUCCACGAGGUCUAUCGCCUGAGUUCCGUUUUCGGUGUCUAUCAGAUGGGAUUUACACCUCCCAUUCCAGAGGGUUUCUGGCCACCUUAUGCAGGGCCAACCGUUAUACCGGAUCCGAAUAUGAGGCGUGCGCGGGAGGGUCGUCCUAGAUCCACAAGAAUCCGCACCAACAUGGAUGAAGCAGAUCCGAACCGGCCAAAGAGAUGUGGCCUCUGCAGGCAGCCAGGUCACACCAGGCGUAGUUGUCCACAAGGCGCAGGCCCCAGCGGGACUGCUGGAAAUCAAUAG